AUGGGACUCAAAAUUGACCCUGCAAAAGCACCAAAAUUGAAUCUUUUUGGGUGGAAUAUCGGGGAGCGACAAUUAUCUUCAGGCAUUAGGCCGAGUGCUGUGUUGCCGAUUGUUGAGAUCAUCUCCUUGGAGCACCUGAGAGCCUUGGCAGAUAUCUACUUCGCAAAAGUGGACCCGUGCUAUGGAUUUCUUGACCGUCAAUCUUUCUUUGAACGCCUCGACACACGGUGGCAGUCGCCUCUGAUACAUGAUCUGUAUGACAGUGUACUCAGUGGCGUUGCUGCCAUUGGCUGUUUGUUCUCACAGCGCGACAUUUCAAUCACCGAAUUGCAUCUGGUAUCUUGCGCUAGAUCCGUUCUGGACAUGCAUGAUCUAUCCGGUGUCCCAUCUUUGGAUCUUGUCACCGGGUGGGUACUUCGCACAGUCUACUUACGAAUGACAGCCUCCCCUCAUUCAACGUGGAUGGCCAGUUCGACGUUGAUGCAUCUCGUCGAAGCCUCGGGUUUCCACUUGGGCACUUACGACACCGUCUUUCCACGCAACAGCGCACAAUGCAAUUCGGACCUCCGAAGGAGAAUAUACGGAGUAGCGGAACAUCUGAACAUGUGGACAUCUUUCGAUCUCGGUCUUUCCAGGGUGUCAUUUCAGAAUGAUAUGCCUCUGUCUCUGGUGAAGACGCGGCCCGGGGACUAUACCACGGAGUUGCUAAGUCUCUUACCUAUCUCUGCCAGUUUGGAUCCAGAAAAUCCUCAAGACGAAACAAAUCUCGAAUCGUCGCUUUCUCAAAUCUUGGAUGGGGCGCAUACGCAGCCACCAUCCGUCAUGGCACAAUGCAACCUGGUUCUUUGCAUUCUUCGCCGAAUCCAUACACAGAAUCUCGAUAUCUCCCCUACUCUCAUGGAUCGAGUCCUGGCCUUACUGAAGAAAGCACUUGGCUGUGCACGUACGAUGGUUUUGGACUGCUCGCCAUGGCACCAGGUAGCGAACGUGCCAUUCCAUAUCACCUGUGUUCUCCUCGUAGUAGACACUCGUUCAUCGCUGGCGAUGCUUCCUGAAGCCAUGCAGACCUUGAAGCUCAUCGCCUCCACCUACGAUACGGAAACCAUGAGAGAGGCAUGGAGUGCCGCCUGUCUAUUGGUCAUGCUUCACCAACAACGCAGAAAGGAGGAUGUCAACAUCUUCAGCCAGGCUCUCGACACGUACCACCAGGAAGCGCAGAUUGAAUCACAGCAGCUAGAGCCCGGCCCUAGUGCGGAGGAGUAUUCUUGGCUUGGAGCGCUGGUUGCGGAUUUACCGGGCUUGCAAAGAGUUGAUCUCGAUCAAUUUCUCAAUACUGACAUGAUCAAUCCUACUCCCCUCAUGGGAGAUGAUUCGGUGCCGGGGUCGUGA